AAAUUCAAUAUAUUUAUAAAAUGAAUUAUUCCAGUGUCAAGAAUUUUAGUAAAUAUAAAACUUUAGCAAUAUCAGUACCAAAAAAAUUUAUUUACAACGUACAGUUAAACAGGCCUGAAAAGCUUAAUGCAUUAAAUGAUACUAUGUGGAAAGAAUUUAAAAUUUGCUUCGAUGAACUAGCUACAGAACCAGAAUGUAGAGUGAUAAUUCUGUCAGGUGCUGGAAAAAUAUUUUGUGCAGGUAUUGAUGUACAAGAUAUAAUGAAAUUUGGCCAAGAAUUGGCAGAACAUGAAGAUAUUGCACGUAAAUCCAAAAUUUUACAAUUACGUAUCAAAAACUAUCAAGAUAGUUUUACUGCAAUAGAAAAGUGUCCAAAACCAGUGAUUGCAGCCAUACAUGGUGCAUGUAUUGGAGGUGGGGUUGAUAUGAUAUCAGCAGCAGAUAUUCGUUAUUGUUCUUCAGAUGCAUGGUUUCAAAUAAAAGAAGUUGAUAUUGGAAUGGCUGCUGAUGUUGGCACAUUACAAAGAUUUCAAAAAAUUAUAGGUUCUGAUAGUUUGGUAAGAGAACUUGUUUAUACUGCAAGGAAAUUUUCAGCUCUUGAAGCUGUACAACAAGGUUUUGUGAGUCGUUCAUUUGAUAAUCAAGAAAGUUUAAUAAAUGGCUCAAUAGAACUUGCAGAAGAAAUAGCAAAUAAAAGUCCAGUUGCAAUACAAGGUUCAAAAUUAAAUUUAAUAUAUUCAAGAGAUCAUUCUGUUCAAGAGGGCCUGGAUCACAUUGCUAUGCAUAAUCAAAGUAUGCUUCUAAGUGAAGACUUUCUAAAUGCAGCUGUGUCACAAGCUACCAAAGGUGAACCACCAAUAUUUUCUAAAUUGUAAAUAAAAAUUUUAUGGGAAUAAUAUAUAUAAGGUGAAGUUUACAUAUAAAACAUAUUUUCUUUUAGAAAAAGAAUAAACAGUUUUUGUAUUUUUAUAGCUAUUUUAAUACUAACAUAUUUUUGUACUUCUUU